AUGGAGGAGGAGAGAGAGAUGUCCCAGGGGGUGCUGUGGCUCACGGAGUUAUUCCUCCUGCUCUUUGUCUCCCUGCUGAUCUUUCAGCUUCUGAAGCUGCAAUGGAUGCGAAGGCGGUUUCCCCCGGGGCCGAGCCCUCUUCCCAUGAUCGGCAACCUGUGGCUCCUUGGGUUUUGUCUCGAAGGAAAGGCUCUUAUGAAGUUAGCGAGCAUCUACGGAAACGUCUUCACCGUGUGGAUCGGAGAGACCCCAGUGGUUGUGCUGAAUGGAUACAAGGCAAUCUCUGAGGGCCUGAUUUCGGAAGAGCUUUCCGGAAGACCUCUGACACCAUUCUUCAGGGACUUGAUGGGUGACAAGGGUGUUUUCCUUACCAGUGGCCAUACUUGGAAGCAGCAGAGACGCUAUGCCUUUGCUGCCCUCCGGAACCUGGCGACGAGCAUCCAGCAACGAAUACAAGAGGAAGCCGGCUAUCUUGUGAAGGUGUUGGCAAGCAAGCAAGGGAUGGCCUUUGAGCCGAAACCCGACAUGGUCCACGCCGUGGCCAACGUCAUCUGCACCGCUGUGUUUGGUCACCGCUUCUCCAACGAGGACGACUCUUUCAACAAGAUGAUAAAAGCCAUGUACUUGAUCAUCUCUGUCCCGUUCACUACAUGGGGCAUGCUGUAUGAUGCUUUCCCAAGGAUAAUGCCCCUUCUGCCAGGCUGCCACCAACAGGUCUUGAAAUGCAACGACUUCUUUCACGAGGCUGUGAGGAAGGAAGUCCAAAGCCACCAGGCGAAGUGGAAAGAAGGGGACAAACCGCAGGAUCUUAUUGACUUCUACCUGGAUCACAUGGCAAAGACCAAAGACGACCCGACAUCCACUUUCAGCGAAGACAACAUGGUUCAAAUUAUGGUGGACUUUUUAAUAGGAGGGACGGAGAACACGGCCUCCCUCCUGUGUGGAGCGCUGCUCUUGAUGAUAAAACACCCAGACGUUCAAGAAAAAGUGCUGGAGGAAGUCAAUGCCAUCCUGGAACCUUCCCAAACUAUCUGUUAUGAGGACCGGACAAAACUGCCUUACACCACCGCCGUGAUUCAUGAAAUCCUUCGUUUCGUCAACGUUGCAGGCACCGGCCCGUUCCGGCUCUGUGUGAAGGACACCACAAUGCUUGGGCAUCCCGUUGCGAAGGGAACUCUUAUACUGCCCAACUUGGUCUCUGUGCUGGCCGACCCUGAACACUGGGCAUCGCCUUCCAAAUUCGAUCCGGGGCACUUCCUCGAUUCCAAGGGCAACUUUGUGCCCCAGAAAGCCUUCCUAGCUUUCGGAAUAGGGCGCCGGGUGUGCUUGGGAGAGCACAUGGCCUGGGCGGAGCUCUUCAUCUUCUUCGUCACGGUGCUCCGCACAUUUGUCGUCCAGCUGCCGGAGGGAGAGGAAGAAGUUGAUGUCCACAGCAUACUGCAGUCUCCGCGGCAACACCACUACAAUCUCCGUUUUGCUCCCCGUUAA